GCCGCAUUCGCCUUCGCACUCGCACACUACACAUCGCCCAUACCAAGCUUGCUUGCCUUGAGCCUCCCAUCCACCAUCAUGCUCGGCCACAACCUCACCUCUACCUGGACCAACGCCUUCGCCGGUCGUGUUCGGUCCUUCGGCGUCUGGGUAACGCUCGAGUCCCUCAUCGGUGCUGGCAUCUUCGCCAUGUACGGUCGCCCUAUGUUGCAAACCGUCCGGAUACGCGCCACGGAGCGCCUCGCGGGGCCGCCGAGUCGGAAGUUCUGAUGCACUCGCCUGCUAGAGUGAUAGCUUCUCCUCGUCCCCAACAGCAUACCUCUCGCUGGCUGCCAUAAUUCUGGAAGGGCGCCGCUGUAAUCUUCACUGUACUACCUCAUCGGACACUUGUAUGAUAAUCGUGGAUUUCUGAAGAAUUGUCAGCUUCGCUGAAGAUGCGUGAAUGUGCG